CCCACACACCAGCAAUCACCAUGGCUCGCCACUGAAAAUAUUAGAAGAAAUAUGGCUCGAAUUAUGCUAGUGGGAUGUAAUGCAUUGGCCACGAAAACCUAACACAGAAUUUAAUAAUUUCGUAUUACAACGCUCGUCGUUGGGAAGGUCUUCCGGAGCGACAUUCUGUUCACAGGGGUCUCGAUUGCAGCAGCACGAGACGGACAGCAAAUGUUUAUUUGAAGAUGGAUUCUUGUCGGCAUCCAUAAGUAUUUUCCGGGGAGAAGGCGGCCUUGGCAUCGGGAAUCCGCCACUAGGUGUAUGAUGUUGCUAGCAUCGGCCGUGGUCGUAUGGGAAUGGCUAAACGAACACGGGCGCUGGCGACCCUACAGCCCGGCCGUGUCUCAUCACAUCGAAGCGGUGAUCCGCAGCGACCCUCGGGGAAGCAGUGUGGUUCUAGGCCAGGUUGACUCCCGACUCUCGCCCUACAUCAUCGACCUGCAAUCCAUGCAUCAGUUUCGGCAAGACACAGGCACCUUGCGCCCGGUGCGCCGCAGUUUCUAUGACCCCACGUCUGCACCGGGCCAUGGCUGGCUGUGGGAGUGGGAGAACGAUUCGGGCUCCUGGACGGCCUACGACACCGAGGUGAGCAUAGCCAUCCAGGCGGCGCGGGAUCGCAACCAGCCCUGGCUGGACCUCUCGCCGCUGGGCUUCUGCUACCUCAUCGACCUGCAAACCAUGACGCAGUUCAACCGGCAGACGCAGCGGCGGCGGCGCAUCCAGCGCCGCUCGGACCUGGCCUACCCCCUCGUCACGGGGCCCCUCCCCCGGGCCUGGGCCAGCGGCGUGGGGGCCUCAGCCGGCGGAGGCGGUCCCGGACGUCUCGGCGGCCCCGGCGGCUCGGGCCUGCUGGGCGUGGGGGUCUCCGGCGUGGUCAGCAGGGGCAACGGCAGCGCCUACCCCAGCGGCGCGCUCCCCGCCUCGGCCAUCACCUCCCUGGGCCAGCCCUGCUCCUGCCAGCAGUGCAUGCUGGUCCUGGGCGUCAAGACCGGCGGCAUGGGUGGAUUCGGGGGCGGCGGUAUGGGUGGUGGUGGGAGCAUGGGGGCGCACACCCUGGGACGCAAGCCCCCGCCCCCGUUGCCCCACCUCUCGGCCCUGCCCCCGCCCAUACAGACCAAGCCCCCCGUCAGCCCCACGAAGCCCCCCCAGAGGGGCUACUCGUACUCGCUCACCUUGCCCCACCCGCCCUCCCUGUCCCGGGUCCUGGCCCCCCACAGGAACUCCAUGCUGGUGUCCGGUGGAGGGGGCAUGGGGAUGGGGUUCGGGUUGGGGCUGGGCAUGGGUGGUGGUGGUGGCGGCGGCGGCGGCGGCGGCGGCGGCGGUGGUAACAACGGCGGUGGGGAUACGAACAGCAGUAGUAGUAACGGCGGCUUCGCCCACUCGCUCUCGCUCCUCGGCGCCGCCACGGCGGGCCUGUCGCUCUCCUCCACGCCAGCGGGCAUGAGCGCGGGCACACACUCACACACGAUGCACUUAUCCUCCACGCACACCCUGCAGCUCCCGCACCACCACCACCAUCACCACCACUCCUCCUCCUCCACCUCCUCCAACCACAACACCUCCACCCUGUCCUCCUCCUUCUCCUUCUCGCGGCCCCCGCCACCCCCCAUGCCGCCUCCUCCUCCUCCCAGCGUCUCCUCCAUCCUCCUGCCCUCCUCCUCCAUCUCCGGACCGGCCUCCUCCGUUUCAGCCUCCGCGUCGGGCGGAUCCGCGCCUCCCUCCAUCACCAUCAUCAACAACAACAACGCCACCUCCUCCGCGGCCACCUCCUCCUCCAUGUCCGGUGGUGGAGGAGUCCCAGCGCUCCCUGCUCCUCCGCCCCCCGUCUCCGCCAUCACCACCACGUCUGGUGGGAUGCUGGCCACGACCGGUACCCUGUCCGGCGGUAGCGGCGGUACAGCUGGCAUGUCUGGUGUCGGUGGAGGUCUCGGUGUUGGUGGAAGUCUCGGUGUUGGGGGCAGUCUAGGUGGCGUUGGUGGUUUAGGUGGUGGGGGGCAGCAACAACAGCAACAACAACAACUACAACAACUGCAACUACAACAACAACAGCAACAACAACAGCUGAUCUCCACGACAACCACGUGUGCCCCCACCCCGUCGGCGCGGGUGCUGGGUCCCGUGUCGUCGGCGUGCGCUGCGCCCCUGCCUCCGCGCUCCAGCCUGGCGGGGCUCAGCCGUCCCGCGCUGCAGAGGAUCGCCAUGGCCCAGUCGCGGGCACUCAUCGCAUCUGGGGUUCCCACUGUCCCAGUGAAGAACCUCAAUGGAUCCAGCCCUGUGCACCCAGCUCUUGCAGGUAUCACUGGGAUCCUGAUGAGUGCUGCGGGGCUGCCCGUGUGCCUGACGCGCCCCCCCAAGCUGGUGCUGCACCCCCCGCCCGUCAGCAAGAGCGACAUCAAGCCCGUGCCAGGCCUGGGUCACUGCUGCCGCAAGACCACCAAGAAGCAAGCGCGCAAAGGUAGAACUCCAGAGGAGGUGGUGAAGAGGUAUCUGCAGAAGGUCCGCAACCCUCCUGAGGAGGACUGCACCAUCUGCAUGGAGGCGCUGUCGGGCCCCUCGGGCUACAAGGGCCCCGUGGGCUCGGGCGUGGGUGGCGGCAGCGUGUCGUCGCGGGGCGGCGCUGAGUCGGCGGUGGGCCGUCUGGCGCAGUGCGGCCACCAGUACCACCUGCAGUGCCUGGUGGCCAUGUACAACAACGGCAACAAGGACGGCAGCCUGCAGUGCCCCACCUGCAAGACCAUCUACGGCGUCAAGACGGGCAACCAGCCGCCCGGCAAGAUGGAGUACCACGUCAUCCCGCACUCGCUGCCCGGCCACCCCGACUGCAAGACCAUCCGCAUCAUCUACAACAUUCCACCCGGCAUCCAGGGGCCCGAGCACCCCAAUCCCGGCAAGCCCUACACUGCCCGCGGUUUCCCCCGACACUGCUACCUCCCCGACACCGAAAAAGGACGCAUUGUCCUGCGCUUGCUACUGGUGGCGUGGGACCGGCGCCUCAUCUUCUCGGUGGGCACGUCCAGCACCACGGGAGAGUCGGACACGGUCAUCUGGAACGAGGUGCACCACAAGACAGAGUUCGGCUCCAACCUGACCGGCCACGGCUUCCCCGACCCGGGACACCUGGACAACGUGCUGGAGGAGCUGCGGGCCCAGGGCAUCACCGAGGAGGAGAGCCUGAGGGACUGAUGGAGAAUGGAUGGAUGGAUGAAGCGAGGAGAGGAGAGGGAUGGAGAGCGGAGUGGAGAGAUGGGAGAGAGGGUGUUGAGGAGGAAUGGUGGGGGAGGAGACAUCACCGAGGAGGAAAGCCUAAGAGACUGAUAGAGGACUGAUGGAGAUGAAGAGAGGGAGGAAGGAGAGAAAGGUGAAAGAGACAUGGGGAGAGAUGGGGAUAGAUGCACAGCAGAGAGAGAGGUGACUGGAAAUACAAGAUGACUGGAAAAGGGGGAGAGAGUUAUGUGAUGGAUAAAAAAGAGAUAGAAG